AUGGAAACAGAAACAUCAAAUAAUACAAAUGUAGAAGAUACUACCUCUACAACUACAACAGCUACAGAUAAACCACAACAACAAAAGAGAAAGAAAGCAAUCAAACCAUAUCAUAGAAUCAAAGCUCAUUCAAACCCAUUAUCAGAUAAUGAUUUCAAUUAUCCAGUAUCACCAGAUAAAAUGGAUUGGUCUCCACAUUACCCACAAUUCUUAAAAGAUCAUCCAGAAAAGAGAGUUGAAGUAGCAGAUGUUGGAUGUGGAUACGGUGGUUUGACAGUUAGUUUGUCGGCAGCACUUCCCGAUCAGAUGAUUUUGGGUAUGGAGAUUCGUGACAAGGUCGUACAAUAUGUUGACGAACGUAUAGUGAAACUUCGUGAAAAGGAGACAGACAAGUACCAAAACAUCAGUGUCCUCAAGACCAAUGCCAUGAAAUAUCUACCCAACUACUUUUACAAGGGACAAUUACAAAAGAUCUUUUUCCUCUUCCCCGAUCCACACUUUAAAAAGGCCAACCACAAGCGUCGUAUCAUCAGUUCGACACUCUUGUCAGAGUAUGCCUAUGUUUUGGCACCAGGUGGUUUGGCCUACUUUAUCAGCGACGUAGAAGAACUCUAUCUCUGGAUGUACAAGCAUUUUGCUGCUCAUCCACUUUUCGAACAAAUCGAGGACCAACAAAUCCUCCUCUCCGAUCCAUGCAUUCCACUCAUUAUCAAUUCAUCAGAGGAAGCUCGUAAAGUCAAUAGAAUCGAUGGUAAGAAAUGGUAUGCUGUAUUUAGAAGAAUUACUGAACCAAGAAUAAUAAACAAAACAAACUAA